GGUUAUUGGGAAACACCUUUUGAUCCCGAGAUCACUCGGAGGAGGGAGUUCUUUAUCAAUAACGAAACGGCAGUGCGAGUGGUUAUGAUGCGCACAGACGGCAACUAUUAUACCUAUCGUGAUGAAGAGCUGGGCUGCGAGGUGGUGCGGAUCCCUUACCAAGGCAACGCUUCGGCACUCUUCAUUCUGCCUGACAAAGGAAAACUGAACCAGGUGGAACAGGCACUGGGGCGAGAAGCUUUGUUAAGAUGGGAGACUUUCGCAAGACAACGGAGAAUAGACUUGUCGCUUCCAAGAGUUUCGCUGAGGACGAACUAUGAUGUCAAAGAACUAUUUAAAGGACUGGGUAUUACUGAGGUAUUCACUGACCAGGCAGAUCUGUCUGCAUUCACUGAGCAGCACAAGUUGAAGAUUUCACAGGCUGUCCACGAAGCUUAUUUGAAUAUCCACGAGAAUGGAACUGAGGCUGCUGUCACUACUGUCAUUGAUAUGGACCCCUAUUCUUUGCCACCAAUAGUUACAUUCAACCGCCCCUACCUGGUAGUGGUUGUAGAGCACCUUACCCAUGCCAUCUUAUUCCUUGGGAGAGUUGUGAAUCCGAAUGAGAAUUGUGAAUCUGAAUGGGGCUCACUUAACACCCCAGUGCUGGCUUAA